AUGAAUGUGACGACUACGAACGAUCAUGAGGAGGAGAGGAUUGGCGUUGUUAUUCUCUUCUUAUCGUUUUCGGUACUAGCGGCAUGUUUGAGUAAAAUCAUACUCUCAAAAAUCUUGAAAAAUAGAAUAACAUUGCCAUUUACAGUCACUGUUCUUAUUCUCAGUUUUAUUAUUGGUUUAAUUGUGACACAUACGAAAACUAUAACGAAUAAUUUCCAACGUGGUGAAAUUCAGCUGAGUGAAAUCCAUCCACAUUUGAUUUAUUAUAUAUUUUUACCCUUGUUAAUCUUCGAUUCAUCAUUUAAUGGACAUUUUUACCUCGUUAAACAUCAACUUCUAUCAGCCGUUCUACUCGCCGGCCCGGGAGUAUUAAUUUCUACUGUUAUCAUCGCUGCGUCAAGUGUUUAUCUCUUUCCUUACAAUUGGUCAUGGUUAACUGGUCUCUUAUUUGGAAGUAUUCUUUGUGCAACGGAUCCGAUCGCUGUUGUCGCACUACUACAUGACUCAGGUGCAAGUAGAUCGUUAGCUUCGUUAAUUGAUUUCGAAUCGUUGUUAAACGAUGGCUCUGCAUUUGUCAUCUUUCUUAUUUUCAAGAAUAUUUUCGUUGGCGAAACGUACAAUGCCCGAUUGAUCAUCACCGAUAUUCUUAAAUUCAGUAUUGGUGGACCAGUGUUUGGUCUCAUAUCUGGCUUUAUUUGUGUCAAGAUUCUCAAUCGAAUCAAUGGUGAACUUGAAGUCGAAGUUGCACUUACAUUCGCUAUUUCCUAUCUAAUCUUUUUCAUUGCCGAUGUUGAAUUACGUGUAUCUGCAGUUCUCGCACUUGUAACAAUGGGUUUGUAUAUGGCUAAACAUAAGUAUUGCAUCAGUAGUAAUGUUCAAAUAUCCUUGGUCAGCGCCUGGCGAAUGGCGACUUACUUGAUUAACAUCAUGGUCUUCACUGUAACUGGUAUUAUCCUCGCCAAAUCUUUGGUGAAUACCGCGACGACUAUCAUUGCACAAGAUUUCGUUUAUUCAAUUGUUUUGUAUAUUGUUAUUCACAUCGGACGAGCGUUGACCGUGAUUCUUCUUUAUCCGCUGAUUCGUCGGAGUGGAGUGCAUAUCUCAUGGAAAGAUGGUCUUGUUUUGAUUUGGAGCGGUUUACGAGGUAGCAUGGCACUUAUUUUAGUUCUAAUGGUUGAUCUAGAUACGCGAAUUGAUAGUGUCACACGAAAUCAUUUUCUAUUUCAUGUUUCGAUGAUCGCACUUCUGACCUUGGUUAUUAAUGGCACAACCAGUCGAUUCUUCAUUCAUUUUCUCGGUCUGAAACAAGGUGCUAAAGAAAGUCAAAUAGUUCUCUCGCAAGCUCUCGAACACAUGCAGCGCGAAACAUUCUCUCAAUUGUUACAAAUCAAGCAGGAUGAGAAAUUUGCCGAAGUUAAUUGGAAAGUACUCGACGAAUAUUUACCAAAGAAAUUGUUAAAAGAACUGAACGAAGAAGAAAAUAUCAGUUCAACUGAAGAAGUCUCUCAACCUUUGAACUUGAAUGGUAACCAACAAUUCAAAACGAUUUCCAUGGACAACGUCAACGCUGUAGAUCGAGAAAAUAUUCGAAACGAACUUGUCAUUCGAUUUCUCACAGCGAUGUCCAUCGAUUACGAAAAACAAUGGUAUUUGGGUAUGAUCCAUCGCCAAACACUUGAUAUUCUCAUCAAGUCGGUCGAACAAGCAAAACAAAAACGUUCCUUCGAAUUACAUUGGCAACUUCUCAUCGAACAUUUUCGAUUAUCUUUUCUUUUAUUGAAUCUAAUGCGAUUCAACUAUUUCGAUUUCAUCAACAAAUGGACGAAUCGACUUCUAUUCGAUCAUAUCUUAUUAACUAUCGAAUUAACUCUUGGCUUUCAUUCAGCCGAGACUCGAAUGGACAAUAUCUUAGUUCUAUUUCCGGAAUUGAUUACCAUUGAUGAACAAAUUAUGAACGAAGUGUGUCACGAAGCCAAACAAUAUCAGCUCAAUGCUGCACGCGUUCUUCAUCAUCUACGCAAAUCGUAUCAACUUUGCUGGACUGCUCAAAUGACGAAACGAUGUGCACAGAUGCUUCUCAAACAUCAGUCGAUUGCGAUCAUUCAUCUGUAUGAAACAGGAAUACUUGACGAUAAUGAAUAUGCGCAUAUUUGUAAAUUAAUCGAAAAUAAGAUCUUCAGUUUAGAAUAUGGCAAGAUUCAACUAUCUGAUGAUGAAAAGAAAAUCAUUGAAGAUCCGUUUGAUCUAUUAGCUAUUUUUAAAACACUUUCCAAUGAAGAUAAACUUCAAUGGAAAUCAAUUAUGAAAAGCAAACAUCGAUGGUUUCAACCAGAUACAAUUCUAAUCGAAGAGCAUCGACCCAUUUCAACUGCCUACUUGAUUAUACGUGGCAUUGUAGAGUGUAAAACUGAUACCGUAUCUACGUAUUACAUGUCCGACAAUAUCAUUGGCAUUGAUACAUUAUUUUCUCAUUCGGAUAAUGUGUGCUCUGAAAAAACAUUUACCGUCAGUAGUGGAUUGGUAGAAGCAUAUGUUAUCGAUAAAGAUUUACUUAACACUUGGUUAGCUGAUGAGAAUAUGUGCAAUCAAAUUUACAUCGAAGUUGCUUUGCAUACACUUAUUAAUAACUAUAAACUGUGUUUAGAAGACAAUCAUGCACAAUUGAAAGUACUUUUAUGCGAAAAAGCAAAAUUAUUGAAAAACCAAUCGGAAAUUAUUGUGAAUUCGAACAGCGACGAUAGGUUGUUUCUUCUUACUGGAACAGUCACACAUCUUCUGGAUGAUGAUGAAAAUCAUCAUCUGACACCACCGUUGCUUAUAAUAUCGGCCGCAUCCAAUGCGUAUCGUUUGAAUCUAUCGAGUGUUGUAUUUACAUGGACGAAGGACGAUGAAAUGAAUUGUUUCAAUGUUCCCAGUGAUGAUUGUAUCCCGUCGCUUCAGAAUUCUGAAUUGAGCUCGCCGAAUGUCUUAUAUCCACGUUAUUCAGGUGAAACGAUCGAAUUCACUCCUCGUCGGCAAUCGAUACAAGUGACACCUCCGAUAGAAAAUCUAAGCCAUCUACAAUUCAUACCGUCGGAAAUCAAAAUUCACAACGAUUCUCUUAUUUAA